AUGGAGUCAAGCACAAGGUCGCUACACCCUUAUCACCCUCAAACCAGUGGGCAAGUUGAAGUCUCCAACAGACAGAUAAAGGCCAUAUUGAGAAGACUGUCUCCUUUCAAUUUGCUGUAUGGGAAGGAUUGCCACUUACCUGUGGAGGUCGAAUACAAGGCUUUAUGGGCAGUAAAGAUGCUGAACUUUGAUAUAAAGGCAGCACAAGAAAGGAGGGUAAUGAACUUGUUUGAGUUGGAGGAAAUCAGAAUGAAUGCCUAUGAGAACUCCAUGAUCUAUAAGAUGAGAACCAAGGCAGCCCACGACAAACUGAUUCGCCUUAAGACUUCAAGGUCAAAGUGGGCGGGACCAUUCAAGAUUCACGAAGUUCUACCCUAUGGAUCCCUCACUUUACUCAAUCAAGAGGGGAAGGAAUUCACAGUGAAUGGACAUAGAUGCAAGCCAUAUCUAGGAAUGACCCCCACAGAGGAGAUCAUCACUCCUCUAGAAGAUCCAACCCCGGCCUAA